CCACCUCUUCUGGAGAGUUGGACCUAUGAGUGAGCAGCUCCGCUUACAACUAUCAACAGCCGGGGAGGCCGAGCGCGUGUGAGCGCCGAGGGGGGCGCAGGACCCUUGCAACUUCUUCUCAGGACCCCAGCCUGGACGCCGGCGCCCGCUGCCGUCCGAGAGCCCAGCGCCCACGCCUCCCCUUGCGCACCUUGAGGGUGCCCAGCGGGCUGUCCUGCUAGCCCCGCCGGGAUGCUCGCAGCCAUGCUCCCCUACGUUUGCGUCCUGGUGCUUUUCGGAGCCCACACCGCACUGGCGGCUGGGGAGGCUGGGGGCAGCCGCCUGCGCUGGGAACCCCGCUGCCAGCUGCCCUUGCCAGAUAGAGUGCCCAGCACUGCAAUCCUGCCCCCACGCCUCAAUGGACCUUGGAUCUCCACGGGCUGCGAGGUGCGCCCAGGACCGGAGUUCCUGACCCGCGCCUACACCUUCUACCCCAGCCGGCUCUUUCGAGCCCACCAGUUCUACUACGAGAACCCCUUCUGCGGAGAGCCUGCCCACUCGCUGCUCGUCAAGGGCAAAGUCCGCCUGCGCCGGGCCUCCUGGGUCACCCGGGGAGCCACCGAGGCCGACUACUACCUGCGCAAGGUGGGCAUCGUCUUCCACAGCCGCCGGGCCCUGCUCCACGUCUCCGGGCGCCUCAACCAGACCCGCGCCGGCCGGGACUGCGCGCGGUGGCUGCCCCCGGCCCGGGCCUGGAUGCCCGGGGCGCUGUACGAGCUGCGGAGCGCCCGGGCCCAGGGGGACUGCCUGGAGGCGCUGGGCCUCAGCAUGCACGAGCUCAGCCUGGUCCGCGUGCAGCGCCGACUGCAGCCGCAGCCCCGGGCGGCGCCCCGGUUGGUGGAGGAGCUGUACCUGGGGGACAUCCACACCGACCCGGCCGAGAGGCGGCACUACCGGCCCACCGGCUACCAGCGCCCGCUGCAGAGCGCACUGCACCACGUGCGGCCGUGCCCAGCCUGUGGCCUCAUUGCCCGCUCUGAUGUGCACCACCCGCCCGUGCUGCCGCCCCCUCUGGCCCUGCCCCUGCGCCUGGGCGGCUGGUGGGUCAGCUCGGGAUGUGAGGUGCGCCCAGCGGUCCUGUUCCUCACCCGGCUCUUCACUUUCCACGGGCACAGCCGCUCCUGGGAAGGGUAUUACCAUCACUUCUCAGACCCAGCCUGCCAGCAGCCCACCUUCACCGUGUAUGCCGCCGGCCGAUACACCAGGGGCACGCCGUCCACCAGGGUCCGCGGCGGCACCGAGCUGGUGUUCGAGGUUACACGGGCCCAUGUAACCCCCAUGGACCAGGUCACCACGGCCAUGCUUAACUUCUCUGAGCCACGCAGCUGUGGGGGUGCGGGGGCCUGGUCCGUGGGCACUGAGCGGGAUGUCACAGCCACCAAUGGCUGCCUGCCGCUGGGCAUCCGGCUCCCACACGUGGAGUACGAGCUUUUCAAGAUGGAGCAAGACCCCCUCGGGCAAAGCCUGCUCUUCAUCGGACAAAGGCCCACUGAUGGGUCAAGUCCCGAUACCCCAGAGAAACGCCCCACCUCCUACCAAGCACCCCUGGUGCUCUGUGGGGGAGAAGCCCCCGACUUCUCCAGGCCCCCGCAGCACCUACCAUUGCUGCAGAAGCACCCCCGCACAGGGGGUCUUCGCGUAGCCCCCCUCCCACUUCUGCCCCUAGUUCUAGGGCUGGCUUUCCUCUACUGGCUAUGACAUUGGACUUGACAUCAGGAUGGUGGCUCUGGACACCCAUUCAACUCUUCAGACUCCCUCCUGGAAACUGUAGGGAAGGAACCAUUCUCCUCUGCUCUGUCAUGGAUGGAUGCACAGCCCCACUGCUUCCAAACUCUGCCUGCAUUCCAUGUGGCUCAGGGCAUGAGCUUAACACCUGCAAAGCCUAUACCACAUCCCACAGCCCAAGUCCCAGUCACGCACUUGGACGCGGCAGUGAUGUUCAUUGCUAUGUGAGUUUCUAAAGAUCACUCCCAAUUUUUCUACUUUCCUUAUCCUUGGCAGCCCGCCAACAGGUGCAGUCAGGUGGCCACAUGGAACCCCCCCAUCCCACGCGGCUCCCCGUUCUUCCCAUCCUGACCCUUGGGAUUCCAAGAUGGGAGCAAGAGGAGACCCUGAGGUUCUGCCUAGGGACAAGGCCUACUGCUCUGCCAUGUCUGUAGGUUGUUGUUUAAAGAUUAUUAAUUCGAAUUUAGCAAUACGAUCUCUAAGUGGUGCCAUGAAUUAAAGAUGCCACUUCGGGCUUUCAGUGCUUCUCAGCUUUCUGGCGAAGGGCUUGUGUCUUCAGAGGCAGCUCAGCUUUCCUGAAUCCUGACUGCUGGCAUUCGUCUGCAUCUGCCUGUGCUUCUGUGAGUCAGACCUCAAGCUGCCAAUACUGCGUGUGGAUAAAUCCAGUUUUCCCGGGCCAGCAUACAAAUGAAGAGGACUCCAUCUGAGCUGAGAAGUGUGGCCUCCCCAGAGCAGGCUGCAGCCUCCAAGCCUCCCUAGCCCAAGCGAAUGCCAGUGUGCACCAGGCUGGCUGCUGGGGGCAGGUCUUUGGAGGGGAGCAGCGUUUCCAGCCUUCUGAAAGUAGUUAAUAGUAAUGACCGCCAUAACACUAACAUGCUCUGCAAUUCGCCCUGCCCAGCCAUGCUCGGUUGCCAAGAUUUCCUGUGCUUGCCUGACAAACGAAAUCUCCGAAUGUGUAUCUUUGGGUCCACCCUAGGGAGAAGUCGGGGUCGCCAGGCUACAUGGCGACAUCUGGACAGCUCCACCUUGCCCAGCCUCCUUGCCAUGAUCCUAAUAUAUUGGUGUCCUCUGCUCAGAGAGGACUGUCAUCAUGGUGGGAACAGGCUGUGCCUCUCCAGGGACUCUACCCGAAUUCCCAGGGCCUCAUCUGUACACUGAAAUUAACUGGCCUCCUGGUGGGCCCGAGAGUUUUCAGGACUGGGGGCUGAUGACUCACCCCCUCCUUCCUCCUCCUGAUCUCUAUCUCUAGCUCUUAUCACAGAUUUUGAACAAUUGUCUGUGAGGUUAAUGAUGCUUUCAGAGGGAAGCCCUCGUCCUGCUUGAGAUUGUGUGGGGUCCAAUCAGCCUGCUGAAAUUGCUCCCACUUAUUACCCAUUCUUCUUCUUUAAAAAAAAAAAAAAAGCCCAUCAAGUUAGCAUUCUCUGUAGGUCUCAGACAGCUACCAGUGUUCCUGGCAUAUUUACCAAAGUACAAGAAAUAAUUACAUUAUUUACAGUUUCAGACUACAUCGGGGUUGGGGGGUGGGGACGGCGGUGGGUGUCGAUGAUGUGUCCACGGCUGAGCAGGUCUUGUAUCCGAGACUUGAAGCCAUCAUGCCACCAUUUAUCAUCAAAUUUAAACCUUUUAAUAAAAUUAAACAGCCUGAAAAAUGCUCUUGCUGGUUAUUAAAGUCAACCAAGGGAAUUAUGGUUCUAAAGAAAGGAAGCGGAAUGUCCUCCAGAGAAUGUGUGAAAGAGAAUAAAACCAGUGGAGGUAAACCCCAGCUCUCUCAGUUCUGCUCUCAUGUCACUGCCUGCCCUGCUGAAAACCCCCCAGGGGCUUCCACUGCACUCAGAAUAAAAGCCUGACUUCUGGCUCACUGUUGCCUGCAAGGCUCAGCCACGCCUCCCCAUGCCCUGGCCACACUGGCCUUCUUUCUGUUUCUUGGAUCACAGGAGCUGUUGCUGCCUUGGGGCCUUUGCACAAGCCCUGACUUCUGCCUAGCGUCUCUUCCCCAGACCUUCAGAAGCUUAGCACUUUGUUUUCAAUCAAGUCUCGGACCAGAUGUCACCUCCUGAAGGUGUCACCAUGCGCAUCCCAAAGAGCAGCCCCACUUCUUCCCCGGUCCUUCUGUCAAUCCAUUGCAUCACAGGUGCAUGUUCUUUAUCAUGAAAACUGAUCACUGUCAGAAAUGACCUUAUUUGCCUAGAAUGUAAGCUCCAACGAAAACAACUCGGCUCUGACUCACUGCCUGCAAUCUUUCCAGAAGGGUCCAGCGUGCCUGGUGCAUGGUAGAAAGACCUUCAAUGAAUAUGGCAGACUCAG